AUUUAGCAGAUCACCCUGCCAACUCACCAGCAGAAUGGCCAUCUGGUACCAGAUAAAUAAAGAAAAAAUAUUUUUGAGCUACCUUCUUUGCAAUUAAUUAUGGACGAUAUCAGCUCGAUAAUUGUGCAAUCAUACUGUGACAAACCGUCCGACAGUAAGAGGAUCGUCAUACUUGACAUCCUUCACUCAAAAUCGUCCCCAAGUUUCGACCCUGACCAGUAUUCUAACAUUAUCAAGUCAAUCGUGGAAAUAUUGAGGUGUCAAAACUGUAAAAAACUUGUUAAUCUGCUUCAGCUUUUAUUUGAAAUAUAUCAAAUUUCAAAACCUGAAGUUAGUUCAUUGUGGAGAGACAAUUAUGAAAUAGUUGAAAAAUUAAUGAGUCCAACAAGUUAUCAUUUUUGGGGAAGGUGUAAAAUUUGUCAGCAAGUUGAUAAUAUUUCGAUCGGGUUGAAUUCACUGGUAGCCAUGGAAACAGGACAUCAUUCAACGAUGCGAGUUGCCACGGCGACGCGUCAAGGCUUGUUCAGUACUUGUGUCAUGUGUGAGAAAUCUGGGGCUGGAUUUCCGUUAAAAUGCAAACACUGCAUGUGCCCAGAAUGUCUGAUUCGACUUACGAAAUCGCAGGAUUUUUACGUUUGUUAUCUUGAUAAUUGCAAGACGUCCCUCAGUGAGAAGAUCUUGGUUGAUUUGUCGAUUAAAUAUGGAUUUGAUAUCGAUGAGAAUGUACAUGGCAUUAAAUCGAAAAAGAAGUCACGUCGAAAAGCGAGGGCGGAAAUGCCAUCUUAAGCGGUGUUAAAUGCAGAAAGAAUAGGAGAUAGUAAUGUCCACGAUUAUUUGCACGUGGCUGGAUCAACUUCGUGCAUGCCCAUAUGAAUUCAAAAUUGGGACAUAUGUCCGCUAAUAAUUACUAAUUACAUACAAAUAAUACAUAAUACAUAAUAAUUACAUAUGUCCUCUAAUCCUAAGUUAUGGCAUAUGCCAUAUAUGUAUGAACAUGUAUGUACAUGCAUAUGUAUGUAUAUGAUGAUUAUUGUUGAUUGUAUUUAUAUUUUUUAUAUUGAAGUUUGUUAGAAUACGAAUAAUGUUUAUGUACAUAUGUAUACAGCACAAAGCUAAAUCUGGUUUUUAUGGCACUUCUAAAUACCAUUUUAAAUCCAAAGUUGUUUGCAAAUGUAAAUAAUUGUGUCAACGCUACAUUACCUAAGACUGUACUGAACUAACUAAAUUGCUGCAUAUUACUCUUUAGUUUCUAGUGCAAAGUAAUUUAAUGGUCAUUAAAUAGAAAUAUUUUAUACAAUUGCUAAUUUAAAUUUGUUUAAAAUAAUUGAAGGUAUAAAUAAGUUUGAACCUAAUGACACAAAAAUGCUGCAAUUUCAACUUUAGAAUAUUUACAUCUAGGAUUAACUGAUCACUUGUUUUCUAUAAUAAAAAUUGCAAAGAAAUUCUA